GCGUCUCCAGUUCACUUUCCUAAAAUACGAUCUGCAUAUACAGCUAUAAAUAACACACCGCGACUGAAGAAAACUCCAUUACUAAAUUUCAUUGCUACUGCGACUGAAGAAAACUCCAUUUAACAACGCACUGUUUUAGGGUUCUUGUUCGAAACAUAAAAAAUGGGUAUUCUUGAUAAUCAAAAGGGAAAAUCAUCUUCAUCUUCUUCCAUUAAACAUGUUGAUCAUAAGAUUAGAAAAAAGUGUUUCAAGAACAGAAUCAAAGGAUUUGAAAAGAAAUUUAAUGAGUUGAGGAAACUAUGUGAUGUUAAGGAUGUUGGAGUUGUUCAUUCUGAAUUCAUCAACGGGGCUAAAGAAUUACCAGCGAACCCUCAUGAAUUUGAUGAGAUCGUCAUGCAAUUUCAGAAAAAGAAGAUGAAAUUGGGUACCGGUGAAGAAGCAGAGAAAGUUGAGGAGAAUCAGAGAUCCUGUUUUGGUAAUGGUGACGGUAACCCUAAAUUUGAUAAUUUAUGUACUGUUGAAUCACUUACAAAGAUUGAGAGAGAAUUGGAAUCCAUAUUUGUUAUGAUUUCCGAGAGAGAAAAUCAAUUGAAAGCAGGGGAUGUUACAUCGCCAUCAUCAUCAUCUCCGAAUUGCGAUCAGAAGAAUAAUUUUGGGGUAAUUGAAUCUACAAAUUACCAUUACGAGUCUACUUCGUUGGUAGUAGGAUCUUCUGACAACGUGUAUGAUUAUGGACUUCCUUCUUCUGAUUAUGAUCAACAACAACCGCAACCAGAGGAGGAGAUGAAGAAGAGUAUUGGGGUUCUUGAAUCUAAUUCUAAUUCGUUGGCAGUAAGAUCGUCUAAGAACUUGGAUGAUUAUGGAUGUUCUUAUUUCUCUAAUCAAGAAGAAUCCCAAGCCUUGAUUAGUGUUGUUGAUCCUUUCUCUGAAAUGGUUUAUGAUCAGCCAUUCUCUGAUAUGAUCGAUUUGGAGUUCCAGAGAUUGAAUUGCAGCAGCAGCUACAUGGACAUGAUGAUGAACACAACAAACCCAAUUGACGGACCAGAAUUCCUUCUGUGGUGAAUAGUGCUCCUGGCUGGAUGGCGUGAUUAAUGUUGAACUAAUUAUGGAGUAUUUUUUUUGUAGUCUAUGAUUCUUUGUUGUUCUGUUUCUUGUAUUCAUGGAGGAGACAAUUGAUUUGUGAUGAUCAUGUAUCUUUCUAGUUUAUGUAACUUAAAUUUUUUUGUAAUCUACUAUUUCAUGGAGUAUAUGGAUGUCAGGGUCAUUAUUUUGUAAUUCACUGCAAGUGACAUAUAUAAUGUAUGCAACAACUGCGGUUCUGAAUUGGCUUUUCUAGUGUGCAUCACUUCGCUU